ACUGCUAGCAUAUAAUAACUUUGAUGUUGUUUGUAAACUAAAUCUGAGGUGCCCUUGAUGCACUGGGCUAAGGGCUUGCAAUGUUGGUGUUGAAGCGACUGGAGAAAUUAAGAUUUGGUGCUUUUAAAACUUUUUUUGCGAGGACUAUGGCUGAUGAAAAUUCGUUGGGUAGCCUGAAAUCCAAUCCUCACUAUCAAAAAUAUGCAGAAAAAAUAAAAGAACUUCAAAAAUCAUCUCCCGAUGAAUUUCUUGAGCGAAUGGAAGCUCUUAAAAGUAAACCUAAAAAGGUGAAGGAUGCUGUUAAAGGCAGAGAGUUCUCAACUGUUUCAUCGCCGAAAGAAACAUUGGAUAGCACUGGUGCAGUGACCACACAUAAACAGAAAAAAUUAUCCGAUAUUAUGAAAAUGGAAUUAAUUGAGAACAAAACUGCAGAUGAAGUGAAGCAUAUUUGGGAGGAUUACCACAAAACAAAGGAAGUGAUUGCAGCUGUUAUUCCAGUAGAGCUAUAUACAAAAAUAUAUUCCAGAGGCAAGCAGUACCCAGUUUUUCUGUUUCCAUUGCCACGUGGGCAGGGGUAUGAGUUCAUUGUAUCAGAAAUUUCUGAGCAUGAAGUACAUUUCACUCCAUUGAUAUCCUAUCAGGCCUAUAAAGAAAAUGCACCAGAAUGUCUUACACUUGUUCAUUAUGCAGAACUGCAAUCCAAGGGGAUUAUACUAAUGCGCGGAGAUUACAAUAAAGAUAUUUUGAAUGGAAAGGAAUCCCAAUGUCUGGCAAAUCAGCUACAGAUGUAUUAUGGCCAGGACAAUGAGAAACGGCUAAAUCUAUUGGAGAGAUUUACUUCAAGACCAGAUGACUUCAGACACAUGGAUCUUAUUGCAGAAUUAGAAUGUCUUAGUCUAUAGAUAUGGAGGAAAACAUAUUCAACAGUGCUGUGAUAGUUUCACUUAGAAAUUGUUUUCCUAUUUUUGACAAAUAAAUUAAAGUUUCUACUAUAAAUACACUGCUAAUUGAGAUGAGAAUCAUAUGCAGUGUAUAUUGUGCUUUGUGAUGGUGCAGUGGAAAUGGCAGGAGGUCUACUGCAUCACCAUGGCUGAAAUUUAAUGUUACCACUGGUUGUGAAUGUCAGGAUCUCAUGGAAUUAAAUGCCACAUCUUUUUUGCCAACUUGAAAAAGAAAUAAUACUAUGUGAGUUGAAAACUGGCAGUACAAUAUAGGCCACAAAAUA